AUGUCUUCCGAAACCUUGACUCUUCAUUACUUUGAUAUUCAAGCAAGAGGUGAAGCUGCUUACUUGAUUGCCGUACAAGGUGGAAUCCACGUCGUAAGAAACCUCUUUGAAGAUUUGCCUUCCGAUCUGAAGUCUUUGUGUCCUUUUGGUCAAGUUCCAAUGUUGGAGAUUAAGAAUGAACAGGGAACCAAACGAUUGGCACAAUCCAUUGCCAUUUGCCAAUAUUUGGCAAAGAAGGGUUCUCUUAUUCCCGAUGAUGAUUUUGAUCAGUCUGUCGCAUUGCAAUAUGUUUUAGGUGUGGAUGAAUUUAGAAGUGGUGUAUAUAGAGCUUAUUAUAGUGGAAAGGAAGCUUCAGUUGCAAAGAAAGAAUGGAAAGAGGGAGGAAUGAUUAAUUACUUGAAUCGCUUUGAAGGAUUUUUGGAGAAGGCUGAAAGUGGCGAUCACUUGUACUUGGUUGGAGGCAAGUUAAGCUGGGCCGAUAUUGUGUUAUAUGAUGCUCUUGUGGAACAAUCAUUCAUGUUAGAGGAAGGUCAUUUGUGGAGCAAGUAUCCUCGUUUGUUGAAAGCCAAACAAAACAUUGAAAGCUUGCCAAAUAUUAAAAAUUAUUUAGAGAGUGGAAAGCAACCAGCUCUAUACAUUGAAAAUUGGAGAAAGUAA